AUGGGAGACCGUGGGAAUGUAUACUAUGCACCUACGGGUGAGACAACUGAAUGGGAAGAUAUUCUAGUGAAGAAAGGUAUUCUUGCACCAAAGACAAAGGUACCAAAUGAAAUGCAGGAAGAGGAAGAAGGAGGAGGUGAUUCACGUGAGAAUGCGACAUUGGAAGAAUUAGAAGAGAUGGAGGAUACGUACGAUGAUGAUGCGGAAUUAGCACGUAUACGUGAACGACGUAUACAGGAAAUAAUGGCACAAGCAUCACGUAAUAAAUUUGGUCAAGUGUAUCGUAUUUCCAAGGACCAAUGGACAAAAGAAGUGACAGAUGGAAGUACGGAUCAUUGGGUCAUUGCUUAUCUUUGGGAUGAAGCACUCGAGGAAUGCAAAGUCAUGGACUAUGUACUACGAGAGGUUGCUAAGAAGCAUCGGGAUGUGAAAUUUGUGAGCAUUCAAGCUCAGGCCUGCAUUGAAAACUGGCCAUCGAAGAAUUGUCCGACACUCUUCAUGUAUCACAAAGGUGCACUGCAGAAUCAGCUUCUAGGCAUUCGCAAGCUCAAUGGACUCGACAUGAAGGUCAAAGAUUUGGAAGAAUACUUGGUCAAAGCAAACGUCUUUCAAGCGGACGAGUAA